AUAAAAAACAUUCGAUCGCUGCCGUAUAAAAAAGCCAGAGAAAGACGAAGCCCCAGAAAAUACGAAAAUUCCCAGUGUUUCUAACUUUAUAGAGACCCCCACAAUAUCAUUCUAUCUACCCGUUUUCGAUCCCGACCACCUCGUUUUUCUUCUUCCCCGAAACAACCCCCCGAUCGACUCUUUUUCCAUCCCUUUCUCCGUUUCUCUGCCUCACAAGUCACGAGAAUUGUCUUCACGAUCAGACUAAAAAGAAAGGCUGUGGUUAUAUAUAGGCAGGUCGAGGAAGAAAAAAUUAAGGUUGCCCGAUCGAACAGUGUCAGAUUAUAAAGGAUUUGUGUUUUUCAACCAAGUAACCGAAGCAGUUGAAGACGAACAAGAACAAGAAGAAAAAAAAAAAUUAAAAAUAAUAAAAAGAGGUAGUAGAUAGCGAUUGCCCCAUUCGGUCCGCCAAGGUGACGCCGUAGACUCUCGUCCAACCUUCUCUGUGUGCAUUUUGUUUUCUACCUACGACUUUCUCUUCCUAGAAAGUGACGGAAAUGGCGGACAAUACAAAGUUGGUUUGUGGCUUAGAAGAGAACAUGGGUCGUAGCCAGAAAAUCUCGAUUUCCGAUCAUAUAAACGGAUUUCAAUACACGGCCGAUGAAUCCGAUAGCUUUGUUAUUGACAUGGAGAGCUUCUCUCGGGGCCCCAAUAAAGAUAUUACUUCAAAUUCAAGAAUUACUUUGCAGAGAAGCCUUUCCCGAAAAGGGCCUCAGCGCGGUGGCGAGAAAAAGAUCACUCAAACUACAAAUACAAUUACAGCUGCUGCUGCUGCUAACGAAAGGGAUCAUACUGUUGUUACUGCUACAUCCUCACCCAGAGGGUCUAGCACGCCUGAAAAGUUGGCGGCAGCGGCGGCAGCCGGGACCAUGGAUAAUUCUAGCAGCCCACAAGUUCAUCAGAUUACCAUCACCACCGGCAACAUGAUCAGCACUCCCACCGAAAGCAGAUGCAUUUCUAGGAGAAAUAGUUUCAGGCGUCCUCCAUGGGUCCUUGAUCCUAAGAAGAUUCUUUUUUUCUUUGCUACCUUGUCGAGCAUGGGAACAAUCUUAUUGAUAUACUUUACCCUUUCAAUUGGCAAACUCCAUGCAAAAGAAAAUGGUCUGGAUUGGUAGUACUGAUGGUUGGCAUUUUCCUCGAGAGACGAGAAUCUCAGCCAAAUCAGGACACAAACAGAUCUAGAAGAAUGUAAUUAGGCAGGUCGUGGUGGGAAUCCAUUUUGAAAAUUUGGAGGCAUGAAUUGGGGGUUCUUUUCGAUGGCCUUCUGAGACAAAAUGCAGGACAUGUGUAAAGAACAAAAUAAACUCGAAAAGUUAUCAACCAGAAACUUAUAUGGCCCCAUCACAGAUGAUAAUAAGUUUUUCUCCGGAUGAUAAAGGAAUUUACGGAUGAAGACAAUAACAGAUUGCAUCGUGACAAAGAAAAGGAAUCUUCUUUCUAACAUGAAUGGCAGAGAUCAAUCAGGCCAGCUUUUCUUUUUUAAACUUGUUUGUAUUUAAUGUCUCUGCAUAGCUUAGUGGAGGAUCAGAAAGUUACUUUUUGCCGUGUAUUGCUCAUUUUUCUUUCACAGUACUUUCUAUAUGGUUUGCGUUUGCUUAUUUGACACCCAAACUUGAAGAAUCUCUUUUUGCUGUAUGCGGCUGCCAUGUGAUGUGAGUAGGAAAACCAGCAAGGGGAAGAAAACAAUAAUAUUUGCAAGAAAUUAAGUAAUGUUGUAUGUA